AUGGCAAGCUCAAGCUUUAAUCCACAUGUCACACUCGAAGUUGGAGAAGAAGAAUACCCAUAUCCAUACCCAUCAAUUCUUUCUGCAGCAAGCUUUGUAAGUGUGAAGCUGAGUGGUAGGGACAAGUAUGCAAUGUGGCAAAAACAGAUGCUAUGUCUCUUAAAGAGUCAUGAAAUGGUUGGUUUCAUUGAUGGGACGUUCGUAAGAAGUACUGAAACCAGUGUUUCCGGGAAGGAGAAAGUGGGUGACCAUCAAAUUCACAGGCUGUGGGCAAGAUCAGAUGCUCUUGUCCAAGGUUGGAUCCUUGGUUCUCUAUCUGAACAAACACUUGGCUAUGUUAUGCAUCGACUCACAGAUAUUGCAGAUUUUAGUGCAAAACAUGUAUGGGAUGAACUCCAUAGUAUGUAUGGUCCUGUUGUUCUUCCACCACUGCCUAUUGCUACAGAUUUCGAUCAACAAGAAGAAGAAACAAGAACAAGGGUACACCAUGCUUUAUAUCACGCUACUCUAACAGGAUAUUCGAAUCACAUUGAUAACGUUUUGAGGAGAAAUAAGGAAGUUACAGUGAUAGACAAAAUCAUUAACAAUGGCAACACAGCAAUUCAUAUAGCAGUUGGUACUUCCAAGACGCCAGGAUUCUUAGAGUAUUUGUUGGAACUGACACCGGAGAACACACAACUACUGGAUGUGCGGAAUUCAGAUGGAAGCACGCUACUUCAUGUUGCUGCUAUUGUUGGCAACACUGAAGCUGCUAAGAUCCUGGUGGCAAGGGACCCACAUUUGUUGUUUGCCAAGGACAACGAGGGUCACACACCACUAGCCAUAGCUCUUUCUAAUAUGCAUACCCAGACGUCUCAAUUUCUGCUGCAUCACGAUAUUGGCAUAAAGAAGGAUACUUUGUUUUCCGGCAAAAGUGGUGAUCACCUUCUCGUUAUUGUUAUUUCUUCUAAAGAUUUUCGCUUUGCAUCUGUUUUGCUGCGGCGUUACACAACAUUGCAUAGUGACUCUGUGUUAAUGGCCAUAGCACAGAAUUUCCCAUGCAAACCCAAUAUAUGGACUUAUAAUAUACCUACUAGCGUAGUUCUCAGUACAGCCGCAGAUUAUAUUAUUCCACUAUGUGGCCAUCGGCUGGAAAUAAUAAUGAGGCCAUUUAUUCUUGUGAGUUAUUGGAUUGUUAUGCUUUUCCCAGUAAUCCUUUUGAUGUUAGUGUCGCUAUUCGUGAAAGAGAGAUUGCGAACUCAUUAUGACGCUAUCAUGCUGUUAAAAAGUGUAUGUUUUUUAUUGAAGAAACACACAGACCCGAGCCCUUAUUACACAAAUCCGAUUCUUGAAGCUACAAGACAGAAUGCAUACAAAGUUGUAGAGGAGGUUGUGUCCCACUUCCCAAAUGCAAUUUGGAGUACCAAUGAAGAUGGUUAUAAUAUUAUUCAGUAUGCUGUGAUAAGUCGCUCAGAAGAAGUUUACAACCUAGUUUAUCAAAUGAGCGAACAUAAGAAUGUCUACAGAACAAUCAAAGAUUCUUCUGGGAACAACCUCCUGCAUUUGGCUGCAAGAUUGGCCCCGUCCAACAAACUGAAUCUUAUAUCAGGUGCAGCUUUACAGAUACAACGUGAAUUACAAUGGUUUAAGGAAGUUGAAGGAUUUGGAUGUCCUUUGAACAUUAUACAAAAGAACUCUUUUGGCGAAACACCUCAUAUGGUGUUUACAAGAGAACACAAAGACUUGGUGGUUGAGGGUGAAAAAUGGAUGAAGGCCACUGCAGAGUCAUACACAAUUACAGCUGCAUUGAUCACCACGAUUGUGUUUGCAGCAGCAAUUACUGUCCCAGGAGGAAACAAUCAGGACACAGGCAUACCACUUUUUACUAACAUCAUUGCUUUCAGAAUAUUUGCAAUAUCAGAUGCCAUCUCAUUAUUCACGGCUGUUACUUCAUUGUUAAUGUUUUUGUCUAUUCUGACUGCACGUUUUGCUGAACAAGAUUUUUUGUUCAAGCUUCCUACAAAGCUGAUAAUUGGUUUGGCCACCUUGUUCAUCUCAACGACAACCAUGAUAUUAGCUUUUGGUGCAACUUUGUAUCUGGUGUUUGGACAAAGCAACUCAAAGAUUAUCAUUCCAAUUGCCUUGCUCACAUGCCUACCAAUUACUUCUUUUGUAACUCUGCAGUUCCCUCUUGUCAUUGACUUGAUCAAAGCCACAUAUGGUCGUAGUAUUUUUGGUAAGAAAAGAGAUAAGCCCUUCUAUUAG